AUGGUGAAGGAAACUGAGUAUUACGAUAUCCUCGGAGUCUCUCCUUCUGCUUCCGAUGAUCAAAUUCGCAAGGCUUAUUAUCAAAAGGCAAAACAAGUUCAUCCUGAUAGAAACCAAAACGAUCCUAAUGCUGCACACAAGUUCCAGAUUUUGGGCGAAGCGUAUCAGGUUUUGAGUGAUCCAGUGCAGAGGAAAGGGUAUGAUCAAAAUGGAAAGCAUUCUGUAUCUAGAGAAACUAUGCUUGACCCAAUGGCUGUCUUUGCCCUGCUCUUUGGAAGUGAAUUGUUUGAGGACUACGUUGGGCACCUAGCGGUUGCAUCAAUGGCUUCUUCUGAGCUAGCGGAUGAAAGUGAAGAUUUGCAGGAAAAGCUAAAGGCUGUCCAGAAAGAAAGGGAAGAAAAGCUAGCAAGAUUUUUGAAAGAUUGUCUUAGCCAAUAUGUCCGCGGUGACCAAAAAGGUUUUUUGCAGCGCGCUGAAUCUGAAGCAAAACGGCUUUCUCAUGCAGCUUUUGGAGUUGACAUGUUACAUACCAUUGGCUAUAUAUACUCAAGACAAGCAGCUCAAGAACUAGGGAAAAAGGCCCUUUAUCUUGGAGUGCCAUUUCUAGCUGAAUGGGUUCGCAAUAAAGGACACUUUUGGAAAUCACAGUUAACAGCUGCUAAAGGUGCUUUUCAGUUGCUCCAACUUCAAGACGAACUCAGCAGGCAAUCUAAAACGGGCGGUAGUUGCCCUGAAAAUGUUGACUCCCAUAUUCGUCUUAAUAAGGAUACUUUGUUGAAUUCACUGUGGAAGUUAAAUGUAGUGGACAUAGAAGUAACCCUUGCACACGUGUGUCAAAUGGUUCUAAAGGAAAAUAAUGUUCGGAAAGAGGAACUUAGAGUUCGAGCUAUCGCUCUUAAAAUUCUUGGGAAGAUAUUUCAGGAAAAGAAUGCAAAAGGAGAAACACUGAAGAAGAAACACGCCGUUGAUUCUGAUGACGAAGGAAGCAGCUCUGAUUCAUCAGACGAUGAAUCAUCGCAUAGAGCACUUACCUAUCGAACUCCCUUUUUCAAUCAGGGUAUUGGUAGACUCUUCAAAUGUCUUUGUAAUCCAGCAUUUGAUGUGGAUGAUGAAGAGAUAGUUUACAAAAGCAAAUAA